AUGGCAGAAGCAAUUGCAAACGGCGAAUCUGUAUUGUUGCAGCAGGCUCGCGAAUAUUUCGUCGCAGAGUUUGGUCGCGAGCCUGUCGCAGCCGCGGCGGCACCAGGGCGAGUGAACCUAAUAGGCGAACACGUGGACUAUUGUGAAGGUUUCGUCUUACCUGUGGCUCUGCCAUUUCUAACAGUUGUAGUGGGCAGUAACAAUGACACAAAUGAAUGUAACGUCGUGUCUAUACUCGCAAAUGGUCAACAAGUUAAGGCUAGCUUCCCAACUCCGUCAUCGUCAGUACUAAAGCCUGGGGAACCUGCUUGGGCCAACUAUGUUAAAGGAGUGGUAGCUAACUUCCCAGGGGUAAUCAACGGGUUUGAUGCAAUUAUAGUAUCUGAUGUGCCGAUGGGUUCAGGCGUAUCAAGUAGUGCUUCAUUGGAAGUGGCAUUUUUCACGUUUCUCGAAGCUCUCACUGGAAUACGGGUUGAGCCAGUAAAGAAAGCUCUGUUAUGCCAAAAAGCAGAGCACGAUUUCCCGGGAAUGCCGUGUGGUAUCAUGGACCAGUUUAUAGUCACUAUGGGGAAAAAGGACCACGCUUUGCUCAUUGAUUGCAGAUCGUUAGAAUCGACCCAAAUUCCAAUGGAUUCUAAAGAAGCUGUGAUAUUGGUGGUAAAUUCCAAUGUUAAGCACCAGUUAACAGGGAGUGAGUACCCCCAGCGACGUGCCCAGUGCCAGCAGGCUGCAGUCAAACUGAAACUACCUUCGCUGAGAAGUGCUGAUAUUGAAGAUUUAACAGAACUAAAAUCUUUGCGAUGUGACGAAUUAGUAUACAAGAGGGCAAAGCAUGUGAUAGAGGAGAUCGCGCGUACCGAGGAAGUCGCCCAGCUGUUGCCACAGAAGGAUUUUGUUGCGGUUGGUGAGCGGUUCUACAAAUCACACGAAUCACUCAGUAAGUUGAUGGAAGUGUCUUGUCCAGAGUUGGAUCAACUAGUGGACAUCAUGCGCUCGUCACCAGGCGUUUAUGGUGCCAGAAUGACGGGUGGUGGCUUUGGAGGCUGUGUUAUUGCUCUGGUAAAGAGAGAACACGUGGAUGCAGUGAAAGGAAUAGUGCAAUCUCGCUAUAAGGGAAAGCCAGAUUUCUUCGUAUGCCAGCCAAGUGAUGGAGCACGGAUAUUAAAAUCGAAG